AUAACAGAUCAACAGGGGAAGACAGCUGGAUUAAAUAUGAAAUCUUAUUGGACAAAACUGAACUGAACAAAGGUCCAACGACUCAAAUGACUCCAGUGACAACAGAACCACUUAAUACCACAACCCCUGUUCCUGAGACCCCUAUUCCCAUCAUUCUCAAGAAGUCUUUCAAGAAAUUUCCUCAGUGGGAUUUUGAGGAUAUUUAUAACCAGGAUGCUCCACCGAGACCAGCAACAUGUGCCCACUCUCUGCGCAACUCCAAGGACGAGGMCUUCCAGAAGGCUUUCCUGCCCAACAUACGCCUGUUUCUGCACAGAGACAACUUCAACAUGAGCGAGUGGAACCGGCUCUCACAUUUUAACAACCCGUUCGGCUUUAUGGAAAUGAAGCAUGACGAAGUGAUGCCUGCAAUUAAGCUGCUUCCAAAACCUAAAGAACCGCUCCUCCUUCCAAAACCAGGCGGCGACGGGUGCAUUCGCUGCGCUGUGGUGGGAACCGGAGGCAUCCUCAACGGCUCUAAAAUGGGCAAAGAGAUUGAUGCGCAUGAUUAUGUUUUCCGGAUGAACGGCGCAGCRAUCCAGGGUUACGAGGAAGACGUGGGGAACCGGACCUCGGUGUACAUUCACACGGCCCACUCCAUCACGGCGUCUCUUAUAUCUUUCAGGAAAUAUGGCUACAAAGCUGCCCCACACGAUGAUGGUAUAAUAUACGUCAUGGUUCCUGAGGGAAAGAGGGACUUUGAGUGGCUCCAGGCCGUUUAUAAAGGAGAAAGGGUUGUUUCUGGCGAAUACAAAAAUCGAAAUGCCAGAACUUACUACUCAGGACAGUUCAACGAGAGCCGCUUCUAUGUCCUGCAUCAAGACUUCCUGCGUUACGUACGGAACAGGUUUUUAAAAUCAAGUAACCUGAACAAAGCAUAUUGGGCAAUCGUCCGACCGACCAACGGAGCGUUUGCUCUCUUUUUAUCGCUGCAUGUUUGUGACACAGUGAGUGCGUACGGCUUCAUGACAGAAGACUACAAUGAAUACUCCAAYUACUAUUUCGAAAGGUACACCAAAACCCAUGUGAUUUUUUACGGCAACCACGACUACAUUCUGGAGAAGAAUCUCUGGAAGAAACUCCACGACAAAAAAAUACUGAAGCUCUUUCAAAGAACUAAAUCACAAACAGCGACAGAAAAUCCGAAGAAACCGUGACGAACGGAGAGCAUCAACAACACCAUCAAGAGUCCAGACCAAAUGUUCAUCUUUAAAGAAAAGUUGUCUGAGACAAGAAAAGAAAACUUGAUCAUUCAGAAUGUUUUUCAUAAAAGUACUUCAACAGGUUGUAUUAAACUGUGAAAAUAUAUUUGACAAAGUGAAGCGGCGGCACGGUGACUCGGUGAGCAAAAAUGUCACAGGAUCGAAUCCCUGCCCAGGGACCUUUCUGGGUAGAGUUGGCAUGUUCUUUCCAUCCAGGUUAAUUGGUAGCUCUAAACUGUCCCUAGGUGUGAGAGAGUGUGACCCUGUGAUGGACUGGAGACCUGUCCGGGGUGUACCCCACUCCUCACACAGUGACUGCUGGAUAUGGGCUCCAGUGACCCUGAAUGGAAGGAACAGGUAUGAUGGAUGAAGUCAAGUCAAGCACACUUAAGAAAUAAACCCAACAAUCUGCAGAAGCUGCACAAAYUACUUACCUGGCACAUAUUCAGGUAUUUACCUGAUACUUACUGGUUACAUACCAGGUACGAAUCAAGUACAUAUAUGUUACUUAGUUUGUACAUGAAACGUAGCUGCUACUCACCAAGAACAAACUGGAUACUCACCUUGUUUACGGCUAGUACUUGGAACUCAUAAGAACAUGUAUCUGGUACUUACCUGUAAAAGUCUCUAAGUACAUUGUAACUAAGUUUUUUCGUUAUACAAGUACUUUACCAAGUACAUAAGUGCCCUGAAAAUACCAGACACAUGUCCUGUAAGUACAAGCUUACUUCAUAUUACACUC